GUGCCUCGUCCAUCGCGGCGAGUCUCCGUUCCCGAUUCCGUUGAUGAGAGCGUUCAGCAGGCUCGAGCAGCAGUGAGGAGGGCGAGGGAAGCAGGCCAUCAACGGUUGAUGCUGGACCUGCUCUUGCCGCUCAUUGGCCCUUCACUCCUGGACGACUGGCCUGGCGGCAUUCAGCAGCAGCUGCAGGCGGCCAUUCCUCUGGUGGAGUCGCUGCUGACAGGGCUGGUGGACGGGGGAGAGUUGUACACGAGGCGGGUGAUAGACGAGGAUGAGGCAGUGGUGGCGUGGGAGAGCAAGACGGUUGCACUUGUGCUCUUCCCAACAGCCGAGCGCCUGCCAGCUGUCAUGGAGCUGGUCAAUAGCGAGCCAGAGCGGACGCUGCUGCUCAUGAAUCCUCAGUGGCAGCCAGGCCAGGUGGUCUCGGAUUUUGGAUUUGGAAGCAAGCGCAAACAGGCAGAAGAGUUUCUAGGCACCUUCCUCACUGCCUACAGUCUGAAGCGCAACCGCAUCCGCUCGUAUGAUGUCACUCUCAUCAAGUGCUUCCCCGGCGAUUGGCAGACAUCAACGGAGCGGAAGUUCCGCCAUAUCCGCGGCAUUACCCAUGCCCCACCCUGUCCCUUCCGCGCACAAUGCACCCCUACUUCUUGUUCCUUCCCCUCACUUCCCUAUCCAUCCCUCCCUCCUUUCCCUCCUCUCCCUCCUCUACCUCUUCUCCGUCCUCCACCCCUUCUCCAUCCCCCUCGUCUACCUCCACUCCAUCUUCUUUGUCCUCCCCCACUUCCUUCCCUCCUCUCCCUCCCAUUCCACCCGUCCUCUCCACUCCAACCACCCAACCUCGAAUCCUCCGCCAUUGCAUCAAUCGCCUUCAUCCAUCCACCAUUGUCCCUGGCUUUUCCUGUGCCUCAGGGAUGGUCUUGCAUUCCAGCAGAUGCAGCAUGCAGAGCAGAAGCGCAGUCUUGUUUAUCCGGUGCUCAACCGCUCAACCUCCCUCCUUUAUUCCCCCUUUCUUCGUUAGACGCGGAGACCAGGCCAAGCAUGUCGCUGCGCGCGACUCUAGACGCCGCUCCAGACCUCGCGAGCCUGUUCACGCGGUUCACGGGCGUGCAGAAGCUGGUGCUGAAAUGCGAGCGCAACGUGCUGAGUAUUGACGACGCGUCGUUGGACACGAUUGCCCGGCAGUGCGUUUAUUUGAGGAAGCUGAAGCUCAAAAACUGCCGACAGAUCACGGACGAUGGCAUGGAGAGGUUCGCCCGAGCCUGUCCGGAACUUCGGAAGUUCUCGUGUGGGAGCUGCGGGUUCGGGCUGAGGGGACUGAACGCUCUGCUGAACGGCUGCGCCCAUCUCGAGGACUUAACCGUGAAGAGAAGCCUCCAUCCCUCAUUGCCUAAAGACCGCGUCACGCAAAUCCCACACGUGUCGGACUCGCUCUCACCUCCUGCCAACCUCUCUCUGAAGCGCCUCUGCCUCAAGGACCAACGUCAGUCGCACAUCUGGGUGCCGCUGCUGCAGGCCACAUCGAGGCUAGAAACCCUAAUUCUGGCUCGGAACGCGGGGCACUGGGACCAGGUGCUCGGAAGCUCCCUCGGAGAGAAGCUCACUCCGGAGCUGUCUCAGAUAUACGUGGAGAGGGUGCAGAUAACGGACAAGGGGCUACAAUGUAUCGGCAAGUGCCCUAAAUUAGAGGCGCUGGUGGUGGUGCGCACACCCGAGUGCACCGAUGCCGGCAUGGCGGCUGUAGCAGCCGGCUGUAGCGGGCUGAAGAGGCUGCACGUGGAGGGGUGGGCGCCGGGGCAUCUGGGCGACCCGGGGCUGAGCUGCUGCUCGUAUCCAAUGCCUGCACUGUCUCCUCCCUCCAGCCCCUCGCCUCCAACUGCCCUUUCCUCGCCCGCCUCACUCCCAUAUCUCUGCUUGCUCCUUUUCCGUCACCCCCUUCCGCCCUACCCACAGGAGCUGCUGCUGGUGUCCUAUGCAUGCACCGUCUCUUCUCUUCAACUCCUCGCCUCCAACUGCCCGUCUCUCGAGCGCCUCACGCUCUGCUCGGGCCACAACAUGGGAGACCCUGAGCUCGCCACCCUCGCUCACUCCUGCUCCAACCUCCCUGGUUCCAGCCCCUCACCUUCUUCCACCCCCCCUUUCGUUCUCCCACUGCUCCCUUAUCCGCAGGAGUUGCUGCUGGUGUCGCAUGCCUGCACCGUAUCUUCUCUUCAACUGCUAGCUUCCAACUGCCCGUCUCUCGAGCGCCUCACGCUCUGCUCGGGCCACAACAUGGGAGUCCCUGAGCUCGCCACCCUCGCCCACUCCUGCUCCAACCUCCCUGGUUCCAGCCCCUCACCUUCUUCCACCCCCCCUUUCGUUCUCCCACUGCUCCCUUAUCCGCAGGAGUUGCUGCUGGUGUCGCAUGCCUGCACCGUAUCUACUCUUCAACUGCUAGCUUCCAACUGCCCGUCUCUCGAGCGCCUCACGCUCUGCUCAGGCCACAACAUGGGCGACCCUGAGCUCGCCACCCUCGCCCACUCCUGCUCCAACCUCCUUUGGUUGUCACAACGUCGAAUCCGGUCUCAAGAGCUGCUGCUGGUGUCCCAUGCUUGCACCGUCUCUUCUCUGCAGCUCUUCGCCUCCAACUGCCCUUCCUUAGAGCGCCUCACGCUCUGCUCAGGCCACAAUAUGGGCGACCCUGAGCUCGCCACCCUCGCCUACUCCUGCUCCAACCUGCGCCUGCGUCUGUGUCUCACCUUUCCCUCCGCUUUCCCCCCACUCCCCUUGUCCUUAUCUUUCCUCUUCCCUCCCCUUUCUCGCUGUCUGCCUUCUCCCUCAAUCUCAGGAGCUGCUGCUGGUGUCCCAUGCCUGCACCGUCUCCUCCCUGCAGCUCCUCGCCUCCAACUGCCCGUCCUUAGAGCGCCUCACGCUCUGCUCAGGCCACAACAUGGGCGACCCUGA